AUGACUAAUGCGUCUGUCAUUAUUAAAGAACAUAUAAUUCCUUGCCAACAUAUUCGGGGCUAUCCUCGCUCCACAGCCCACGAACAAGAAGAGCUGCUUCAUCUUAGUAUUAAGCAAUACAUCCCACAUGACAACCAAGAUCCUCAGCCCGGCGAUGUCACCAUCAUCGGAACUCAUGCUCAGGGAUUCCCCAAGGAGCUGUACGAACCGCUUUGGGCCGACAUGCAUAGCCGGUUGAAGUCGACGGGGGUUUCUAUUCGCAGCAUCUGGAUUGCAGACGUGGCAAACCAAGGAGCCAGUGGCGUACUCAAUGAAUACAAGCUGGGAAACGAGCCUUGCGCAUCCGACCAUGCCCGUGAUCUCCUACACAUGGUUAAUACAUUUCGCGACCAAAUGAUACGCCCUAUUGUUGGUAUCGGCCACAGCGCGGGUGGCACAAUCCUCGUCAGUCUCGCACUCCUCCACCCACGUCUCCUAGAGACUUUGAUCCUCAUCGACCCCAUCAUUCACCGGCACGUGUUUGCAGCGGGCUACAGCACACCUGCGCUCGCUUCGGCCCGCCGCCGCGAUGUGUGGCCGUCCCGUUCCGCUGCAGCCGAGGACUUUCGCAGGAACAAGUAUUACCGCAAGUGGGAUGAGCGUGUGUUGCAGCGGUGGCUGCAGUAUGGCUUGCGCAAUCUACCCACGGCUGUGUACCCGCGCCACAUGCAAGUGGCCGGAGCCGAAGCUCACGUGACGGACGAAGAUGCCUCCACUGACGCUGUCACGCUCACCACAACAAAGCACCAGGAAGUCUUCACUUUCCUCCGGCCAACCUUCGAUGCACACGCUUACCCUGGGAUCGGCGCGCAGCUAGGCGGGCCAAACAGCGUGGCGUAUGCAGAUUACACGCCAGAGGCGGCACUGCCGGGCCAGCCAUUUGAGCGCGCCGAGUCCGUCGUCGCAUUCCACAUGUUGCCAUAUGUGCAGCCGUCGGUGCUGUACGUGUUCGGCAGCGAAUCCCACUACACGGCCUGCGAGCCGACUGCUGACAAGGUCGAGUCAACGGGCGUGGGCAUUGGCGGAAGUGGUGGUGCAGCCAAGGGUCGGGUGGCGGAGGUGACGGUCCAAGGUGUCGGCCAUCUAAUCCCCAUGGAGGCCGUUGGCGAAACGGCGAAAUUGGGUGUCAAGUGGCUCGCAAAUGAAAUGGCGGCAUGGAGAGAAAAAGAGAUCGUCGAGCGAAGCGAAUGGGCGUACAUUCCGGAUGAGCAGAAGCGGACGAUUAGUGAUCAGUAUCUCGAGGCGUUGAGAGGCCAGACGAAAUCUGAUGUUGCACGAAUCUCCAGACUUUGA